UCCCUUAAUAAAGACCAGACAAUAGCGGCGCGUGGGGAGGGCACGGAGGGGACUUGCGUCAAAACAUCUCCACGCGCAUGAUGAUAUAUCACAGCCAACAACCCUGCGAGCCCAAGCCACUAACGGAGCCUGGCAGACGCAUCACACGCACGUGAAAUCCCGAAAGAUAAGCACCUAAACGCUGCCAACGGAGGGCAGACUGGAGAUUAAGCACGACCUCGAGGACACAACUAACUCCCACCGACUGAGUUCACCGUGCACUUGUGCCACAUACUCUCAUUCAGAGGCAGAAUGCGUGCAGCCCUCGUUCUUCUGUGCCUGGCCGUUCUCUACUCCGCAGAUGCGGAAGACAAGUCGCGACUCUACAGAAGGCCCGCGUGUGGGGAUAUGACCGUGACCCAAGCAUGUCCCCUCAACUAUUCGCCUGUGUGUGGGAACGACGGAACCACCUACCCUAACGAGUGCGCGCUCUGUGUGCACAGAUUGGAGACGAACGCCGAUAUCCUGAUCGUGAAAGAGGGCCGCUGCUGAAGAGAGAGCAUCCGCGCGUGAACCUGUACUGUGUACCUGUUGGAUUAGCAUAAAUCUGUUUCAUUAUUGACAUUCUCUCAUUAAUAUCUAAUCUCUC